AUGCCGACAGCGCAUGUCGAACCCAGCUCCGGAGAGCUUCUCCAGGACAUUGCAGACUCGCUGCUCAAGGCGCGCAAGAUUGUCGUCGUGACAGGCGCAGGCAUCAGCACCAACUCUGGCAUUCCGGACUUUCGAUCCGAGAAUGGACUGUACUCGCUGAUACAAGCGCAAUUCGACGCGGCGGCGAAGCAAACGGCGCGGAAACUCGACACAGAGACGCGAGAUAGCACAGACGAAGAUGAUGGAGAUGUAGAUGGACCAUUCAAGCGCAGCCGAGCGUCUCGUGCUUCGUCAUCGCAACCGAAAGAGGAGGAAAUCGGGGAAACAGAAGAAAGCGAUACCUUGCAAGAGCAAAUAAAGCGAGAAGAGCUCGCUGCAGAUCCCAACGCUGCACCGGAAAGCCCGUCACUGCCAGAGGCAGAGCCUGCAGCGGCGGCUUCCUACGCCACGCCGCGCUCGGCGCGUCAUCCACUCUCCAUCGCCCAUCUCACGACUUCACCGCUGUCGUCACCGCCGCCCGACGAUCAAAUAGUACCUCCGUCUGCGUUCCGCUUUGCUGGCCAUCUCACAACGCUUGGCGUUCCUCCCAGCUCUUCGCCGCUCUCGUCGCCGCCACCGGUGCUGUUUGAUCCUGACGAGUCCAGCUCCCCAUCAGACACGGAGUCGAACGAGCCAAGCAACACCAGCGACUCUGAGUCGGAAGAGUUUUCAGCUGCGCGGAAGCUGUUUGCCUCGUCCCAAGGGUCCAGCUCCGGCCGGAGCACGCUGCCCAACAUGAAGGGCAGAGACCUCUUUGACGUGUCAGUCUGGGCAGACCCAGUGCGCACGCAAGUCUUUUAUACCUUUGCCACAUCUCUGCGGCAAAAGAUCAAGGACGCGGAGCCGACGGGCUCGCAUAAAUUCAUUAGCCACCUGCGAAAUCGGGGCAAGCUGGUCCGCUGCUACACGCAAAACAUUGAUCAGAUUGAAGAAAAAGUUGGCUUGUCGACGUCGCUGAUUGAUGGCCCUGGUAGCCGUGGCAGAUUCUCGCGUCGAUCCACAGCCAGCAGGGACCAGCUGGCCAAAAUGGUGGAUGAAGCAUCAAGCAAAGAGCUUCCUAGUAGCGGAAACUCUACUAUCGAAAAUUCGGGACCAGAGUCGGCCACGCCGCAGGCAUCACAGAUGUCAUUGCCAGACGUGCCAUCAUCAUCGUCGCAGGCUGAUACCGAAGCGUCGUCUAGUGAUGCCAAGAGCAGUGUCCUCCCUGCAACUCUUAAGAAGGAACCAUCGCAGUCCGGUGUUGAGUGUGUCUUCUUACAUGGGUCCCUUGAGCAACUACGUUGUUUCCUAUGUGGACAAGUUUGCUCCUGGGACGAUGAGGACCGCGAAAUAGCAACCCUGACGGGCCAGCAGCCCGAGUGUCCGCGAUGCGCCGGGGCCGCCGCGGCGCGCGAAGAAAAGGGUAAGAGAGCCCUUGGCGUCGGAAAGCUGCGCCCGGAUAUCGUCCUGUAUGGUGAAGAACACCCCAAUUCUCACCUCAUCAGUCCUAUCAUUACACAUGAUCUGGCACUCUAUCCAGAUAUGCUCCUUAUUCUCGGCACGAGUCUGCGAGUCCACGGACUCAAGGUCAUGGUCAGAGAAUUCGCCAAGACAGUCCACAGCAAAGGCGGCAAAGUCGUCUUUGUCAACUUUACCAAGCCGCCGGAGAGCUCAUGGGGCGAUAUCAUCGACUUUUGGAUUCAGUGGGAUUGUGACGCCUGGGUCGACGACCUGCAAGUUCGCGUCCCGAGGCUCUGGCGUGAUCCAUCGCCCAAAAAGCCGCGUCCACCCGCGGCGAAUCCUGUCGCUAUGCGUGAUUCCAAAGUCACUGGUGCUUAUUGCACGCUGAAAAUUCUCAAAGAACUGCGACGCAUUACCGGAAGAGAGAUGCCGGAAAAAGAUGCUCGUCGAGCAACAAUAGCAGCCGACUCAGCCCCGUCAUUAACGAAUGGCACUGCGACGGAUUCACCGCCAAACCCGGUCCUUAAGCUGCCUCGAGCGAGAGUAAAGGGCCCACGCAAGUCCGCCCCUGGUGCUCUGGAAAAGCCCAAGAAACGACCGUCUACGCUGAACCCCAACCACGGCCGCAGCCGUAAGAGCGAUGCGGCCGAGAUGGGCACGCAGCAACAAGAGCAGAGUCCCAUGUCAGACGGCCUCACUGAGGAAAGCUCCAUACUCAACUCUGUCAAAUCGAACCCCAGAGUCCGGAAGCGGAAGGUGAUUGACGGUGAAGAAGUUGUGAUGCCCUCUGUGCGACGCCGCGGGUCCCCAGGCGUGACACUGCCACCAUUGCGACCGGGCCUUGCGUCCUCACCAUUCGGCAAACCACCGCCGAUGGAGCCCAAGAGCCCGCCAGUCGGACCUCUUGCGUCGCUGUCCCCGAACCUGGCCUGGGCCAACGCAUCCCGUCAUAAUGAUCCGUUUUACAUUGUCGAUCCGCUGGUGGGAUUACUGGACCAGCCGUCUCCGGCUGCUCGCGGGAUGAUACCGGAGCUUCAUCCCACAAAGAAGCCGCGGCAGCAGCGAUUGAAGCGGAGAACGAAAGUCACGGCCGAAACAGACGCGGCUGCGACGCUUGCCGGCUUGGCUACAAGCCCACUGCUGAGGAAGGCUACAGCCUCGCAGCGAGGGCUGGAAGGGCAACUGAAGACGUGGGGUUCUAACUGGAAUUGUAACAGAUGA